UCCGUUCUCUUCGACCUUGCCUCGCGAGUAUGUAAUAUUUUUGCGUAACGCAAUCAGUGAAAGAUGACAUCAGCGUUUCGAACGAGGAUGGGAAAAAAAUUUCGAUCCAACCGCCGAGCGAGUGAUUGGGAUUUCCCGUCGACUUCGUCGGCGACCUGGCAAUUCGAAGCGAUCCGAGCCUCGUGCGCAAUGGGACCUCGGAAAUGAGGAUAGUUUGCUUCUCGUUGCAAUUGCGCGUCGUGUGAUUAUGUUACGCUCUCGAUGGGCGUGCAAACGCUCGUGCAUCACCAGCUGGCUGACGAAUUGUCAGGCUGGCUAAUUUUGCCGCGUCGUUCGACUAUAUCAUACGUAUAUUUCAAGAAAUGGCCUACGAGACAGUGACAUGGCUGAACAACGAUUUCACCGAGAAAGUGAUACAAUUGGCCGAGGUCGACAGCACCAUAAAAGUGAUCGAUAUAUCUGCGAAACCUGCCACCAACAAGGGCGACAAUUACACCAGCGACAUGGUGAGAGUGGUGGCGGAGUUCACGCGGAAACAGGGCACAGCUAAGGUCACCGAGAAGAAGUCGCUUUUGUUCAAGUUCGAGCCGAUAGUCGAAGGGGCGCGAAAGGACUUGAUCGUGGAGUCACAAAUCUUCGAGACCGAAAUCUUCAUGAUGACGAACACGCUGCGGAAGAUGAGCGAGUUGCUGGGCUGUCGCGUGAGUGCACAGGCUUAUUACGUAAAACUGGAACGACCGCUGUGCUUGAUCAUGGAGGAUCUGGCUCCUUUGAACUUUCGUAUGGCCAAUCGUCAUACUGGCCUCGAUAAGGAACACGCCUCACUGGCCAUUCAAGGAUUAGCCAGGUUCCAUGCAGCUUCAGUCGCUGUGUGCGAGAAGGAUCCGAAACAAAAGUCAUUAUACUGGAGAGGAAUGAUCAACAGAGACAAUUUACAAUUAGUAGACUUCUUUAAAGCUGGCGCUACUAAUCUUGCAAAUGAAGUAGAAACAUGGCCAAACGGAAAAAAGUAUGCAGACAAAAUUAAGAAAUUCGCCGAAAAGAUAUUUAACGAGGAACUCCAGGUGAUGAAACGCAAAGACGACGAGUUCAACGUCAUAAAUCAUGGGGACUCGUGGACCAACAACAUGCUGUUCCGAUACGACAAAAAUGACAAGCCUGUCGAGCAUCUUUACGUGGAUUUCCAGCUCUGCCUCUACUGUUCGCCGGCGAUCGACCUGCACUACUUGUUCAACACGAGCGUCUUCGAGGAAAUCGACGACAGCCUCAGUAGCGAGGCUCUGCUCGAAGAAUACAUCACAACUCUAACCGCCACGAUGAAACGGCUCAAUUGCAAAACUCAACCGCCUACCUUGAAAGAGAUAAAGAAGUCCAUGAACGAACGGCUCGUCCACGCGUUGGUGUCGUCGAUGAACAUACUGCCAUUCGCUCUGACCGAGAAGGAUGACGCGAAGACCAUCGACGAUGUAGUGAAAGAAGAGUUCAAAAAUCCCGGGUUAAAGAGCCCGACGUUCCAGAAGAUAAUGUUGAAGCGACUAAAGAAAUUCGACGAAGCUGGCCUUCUAGAUUAGCGAGUUCCACGCGAAAUAGCGCUUGGUUAUGAAAUUAGAACCCACCCUUUGCGAUGAAAUAUUUUUUUCUCCUCCUGCUGACUCUCACCGUUUCUGAUAGUAUUCAAACGUUACGUUAUCAUCGGCAGACCGAUACGCUGACACGCGAAUGCACUUUCACAAUUCUGGGAAAGUUAAUUCAAAGAGUCUGAGAGUAUUAUAUCUUCCGAGUAUUAUCCGCGUCUCGUAUAUCUUUGCAAAUUUUAAACUCCGUGCGAGUGCACGAUUGUCCGUAAUCUAAUUGUCGUAGCGAAUAUCUAAAUGUACAAAUAAGCGUGAUAUUCUAAAUUCGCAACAUUUCCACGUAUUACCACGUCUGUUGUAAGGGCAAUUAAACUUGACGUGUACGCGGCUUUGACAGAGGCAACGAGAAAGGAAAGAAGAGAGGUGGAAAUGAAUUUUGAACGCGGA